UCAUAAACAACUUAUAAAUUAUGAACUUUUUCAAGGCCGUUUCAAUCUGCCAUUGAUCCAUGACCAGGGACACUGCAGUUAUCUCACAGUAAAAAGGUUGUAAUCAUUAAAAAUGGCGACUGAUGAGAUGAAAAGUAAAUUUGAAGGAAAAUGGAAACUUUACAAGAAUGAGAAUAUUGAUGCAUUCUUUUCUGAUGUUGGUGUGAAUUUCCUUGUGAGAAAAAUGAUUUCCGCUGGCUCCCCAACCCAAACAAUAACUAUCAACGACGAUUCUGUCAAAAUAGAUGUGGAUGCUGGGUUUAGAAAAAGAGAGGACGUAGUUAAAUUAAAUGUAGAGGAAGACAAGACAACAGAAAACGGAGAACCAGGAAAGAUGAUGGCGACUUAUGAGGAUGGUAAGAUUAAAUUCGUACAGACACCAAACGAUCCUAAAUCUACUGUUACGACGAUGAUCAGAGAGAGAGAAGGCGAGGAACUUGUUCUGGUUAUGAUACGACAUAAAAAUCCCGAGAUUGUAGCAAAGAGGUGGUUCAAAAGACUGUAGAACCUGAUAUUGAGUUAUUUGAUGGUUGUAGAAUGUGACGUUUGUGGUUUUUAAUUUACGCAAUUUGUUUCGAAAAAUGGUGCUUGCGUUAAUAUUUUCCCAAUGUUUUUUUUUACAGAUUCGACAGUUUUACAAACAUGCAUGUUGUUAUAGUCAUAGUAUUUCAUAUUUAUCAUAUAAAAUAACGACUUAUUUUUUGUGGUUACUUACAUUGUAUGUAUUGUUUUUCUCUCACACAAAUGUAUUAACUAGUCCGGAUUUGAUAUACUCAACAGACUUUGACAUGGACGUAAUUCAUUUCAAAUAUACUACAAGUCAGUCUUAGUACAUUUAAUAAUAUGAUAUCUUUUAUUUGUUAGUUUAUUUAUUAUGUAUGUACG